CAGGAAGGACCCCGCCCAAGGCGCCGUGUGAGGGGACGCGGCCGCGCCGGGAGUGGAGCCCCGAGAGCUCCCCGAGACCGCCGGGCACCGCGUCCCGGGGCACCGAGCCACACCGCGGCUCUCCCUCCCCCCCGGAGCACCGAGUCCCAGGCCCCGACGUCGGAUCUCCCCCUGGGCCCAGCGGGGGCAGUGGGAGGGCUCCCCCGGCCGAGGAUGUCUGGCAGCGGCCCAGGAAGGCCGGCGGAGGUGACAGACUGGCUGUCACAGCCGUUUGAUGAGUUCUUCGGAAGCCCAGGCAUUGCCCCCUGUGCGGUUGCUGUGAAGGCGCUGAGGGGCGGCUCUGGCAGGGGCCGUCGGCAGAAGCAGAGAGACCCGAGCCCCGCGGCAGAGAAGAGCAGAGCCACGGCUCCUCCCAGGAAAAGAGCCAAGCCGUGCGCUGCGGACCCGCCCUGUGCCCGGCCUGGGCGGAGCCGGAGCCAGGCCCGGGAGGAGCUGCCGUGGGUGGAGAGAUACCGACCUGAAAGCCAGAAUGACCUUGCUGUGCAAAAGAAGAAGAUUGAGGAAGUUGAAACCUGGUUAAAAAAACACAUAGUUCAGAGGCAGCCAAAGCAGGGUGGCUCUGUCUUGCUGCUGACUGGCCCUCCUGGCUGUGGAAAAACUGCGACUCUGCAAAUUCUAGCCAGAGAUCUUGGCCUUCAGGUGCAAGAAUGGACCAAUCCACUCUCUUUAGACUUCACAAAGGAAGACUUGAGAAAUAUGUUUGGCCAUGACUCAAAUUUUCAUACGUUUCCGAGUCAGGCCCAAGCAGCUCUCUUUCAAGAUUUUCUAUUAAGAGCAAAUAAGUAUAACAAACUUCAGAUGCUUGGGGAGUCCUCAGAAAAUGAUAAAAAGCUUAUUCUUAUUGAAGACAUCCCGAACCAAUUCUACCGAGACCCUGGCAGUCUACAUGAAAUCCUCAGGUCAGUGGCAAACAAGUUGUUAAUUAUGAGCUUUAGCAACUUGCAAAGCUGGAGUUCAUCACAUUUUGCUGUUUUGCAAUGCAGGAGUUUUGUUCGUAGGAGUAGGUGCCCCCUUGUCUUUAUAAUCUCAGAUAACUUCAGUGGAGACAGCAGCCAGAGGUCACUAUUCCCUGCAGAAAUUGUAGAGGAGUUGUGUAUAAACAGUAUUAGUUUCAAGCCUGUUGCACCAACAAAUAUGAUGAAAGUUCUGAAUCGAAUAGCUGCAGCAGAAGCCAGUAUGAACAGAGAGAAGAAUUACGCCCUUGAUAGAACUUCUCUGGAGUUGCUUUGCAGAGGUUGUUCAGGUGACAUAAGAAGUGCAAUAAACAGCCUUCAGUUUUCCUCUAUGAAAGACUGCUCAUUGGAGAAAGAAUUUUGGUCAAAGAAGAAGAAGAGCUCCACAAUAAAAUGUGAGGAAGUUUCCAAAGUAAGAAAGAAAAGUAAAUGUGAUACCUCAGAAGACCAGGAGAUACAAGCUAUUGGUGGCAAGGAUGCAUCCAUUUUUCUUUUCCAUGCUCUGGGAAAAAUUAUCUAUUGCAAAAGAGAAGCAGUGUCAGAAGCAGAGUGCCCUCAGCUGCCUGCUCACCUGUCCAAACACCGCCGGGACACCUUGCUCAUUCAGCCUGAGGAUAUUGUGGAAAAAUCACAUAUGUCUGGAAGCAUGUUCAAUCUAUACCUGCACCAGAACUACGUGGAUUUCUUUUCUGAUAUAGAUGAUGUUGUGCGGGCCAGUGAAUAUCUGAGCACUGCUGAUGUCCUUUGUAGUAACUGGAGUACACGGCUUGUGAUGGAGAGCUACAGUGCCUCCGUGGCUACCCGAGGGGUGAUCCACUCCAAUACAUCCAGAGCCUUUGCCCACCAGCAGGGGGGCAUGGGGUUCCGACCCUUGCAUAAACCCCAGUGGUUUUUGAUCAAUAAGAAGUAUCAGGAAAAUUGCCUUGCUGCAAAAUCUCUGUUUUCAAGCUUCUGUUUACCCCCCGAGUGCCUUCAGACAGAGCUGCUGCCUUAUCUUGCUAUGUUAGCAAACCCAAUGAGAAACCAAGCUCAGAUUGCUUUUAUCCAAGACGUGGGGAGGCUGCCACUGAAAAGACAUUUUGGCAGGCUGCAGCUGGAAGCUCUGGGUGACAAGGAGCCCGGGCUGCCGCUCCACGGGGACGGUGCCGACGGCGACCCCGAGGGGCUCCCCUCCAGCCAGUCCAGCAGCAGCGACCUGCCUGGCAGCCAGCCCCAGCCCAUCGCAGCACAGGCCAUCCUGGAGGAGGAGGAACUGCGGAUCGAGGAGUAUGACAGCGACUGAGAGAGCAGGACACUCCCUCUGCCGUGCCCGCGUGGAUCCCAGCGCUGCGAGGCACUGCUGAAGAGCGAGCUCUGCCCAGCGCUGCUGCCGAGCCAUGCACGAGGGCUGGGAGCCCAGGAGGGCUGGCAGCCCAGUCCAGACCUGCUGUGAGUGGCCAGACAGUUCCUGGUGUCCUCCUCACUCUGCAGGGCCAGCCCGAGCCCAGUGCUAAGGUACAAGCUAUUUCCUGCCUCUCCUGAGCCAUGAAAUUGCCUUAAGGCAGUAACAAGAGAGAAAUAAAUGACUGAAAUCAGUUGGAAAGAGACUGUAGAUUAGCAGUGUCAGUCUUAAAUUAUUUUUAUUUUUACACAUUUUAAUAUACUUUGCAAUUGUGCAGCGUGUUUCUUGAGCACACGUGCCUUAGGUUGUCAGCAUUUGAAAGGUUUAUUCAAAUUCACUCUUUCGAAAAAACAGUUGUUUGGAAGUUUAGCCCUUCUGGAAAGAAGAGGCUGAAAUUUACACCUGAAAAGUCUGAUGUCCCAUACUGAUGAUGUAAAGAAAACUUCUACUGUAUUAAUACCGUUUUGUACUCUGACUUACAGAAGACAUAAAUAAGAUCUUCAUGUCUUUAUAAGUGGAACUAAUGUUGUACCAUGCAUUAUUUUGUAUUCCCCUUGGAAAGAUAUUUUCAUAACUUUUAGAGGGGAAAAGGCAGCAACUAAGCAGAAGUUGUAGUUUGUAGGAAGUUAAAUGUAUAACAUGCAGUUUUUCCCCUUGACUUGCAGUUGUGCUGGGGGAAACACUGAUCCUGUGUUUGGUAACUGAUCGAGUGCUGUGGUUAGUAAUACCACAGCAGUGAGGAAAAAAGUCAAACCAAAACAGCUUUGUGUGGUGCACGUUUGCAUUUCUGUAUUGCUUAUGGCCAGUUUAGAGAGAGAGAACACGUUUAUCCACCCUGACCUUGGAUUAAUGCUAUUAAAGAGUCUGGAUCUGUCCUCUCUCAGGGGUCAGGUGUAGCCUUUUCAUCUAACAGCUAUUGCUUCAUUUUGAAGGGGGAAACUUCUUUCUUAAGUCUAAAAUUCUGUUACACCUGUACUCAUUACAGCAAAUGAGAAUGUC